AUUUGUUAUCAUUUGAGAAGUUCAUAAAAUUGCUGUCAAGUUCGAUAAAAAAAGGCGCUAAAUAUUUUUAUUUUCAUUUUCAAUUAUUGUAAAUAUACUUAAGAAAAAAUGCCAAAAUCUAAGAAGUCUCGAAAGAAUAGACGUAGCCAAGAUGAGGAGCAAUCCGAUAGCAGUGAUAAUGAAUCAUGUAACUCUAAAUCAGAAACCCGACAUCAUAAGCAAAAGAGUUCAAAACAUUCAAACAAGAAAAAUCGAUCAUCUAAGAAUUUGGACACAGAAGAUUCAAAUAGCACUACUUCCAGCUCUACACCGGCAAGGGAUUUAUCAGACUCUGCAACGCGUAAAACAGGCAAGCAUUCUAAAAGACGUGAAAAAAAUAAUCCAAAACGUGUGCAUAAUGAUGAUGAACCAGAGGAACGUAGGCAACGUCGACGCACGCAUAGUCGUGAGCGUGAAGAAAUAAGUAGCGGCGGUGAACCACAUGUUUCCAAAUGGGACAGUCCUGAGAGGCGAAAUCGCCAACGGAGCAGAAGUAGAAGCCGCCAGCGGCAAAGGCAAAGUAGAGAGCGUGAAAGAAGUGCACAACGUGAUGCAGUACGGUCACACGGAGAUCGAAACGACCGCGGAAAUCGUUCACAUAAUGAGUAUGCAGGAAGAGAGCGUUUGCCAGACAGACAUGACUACAGGGAUCGUUAUGUAAAUAGAAAUAGAGAGGAACGUUGGAGAGAUGAUCGUGGACAUCAAAACGAACGAAAAGGGUAA